GUUUCCUCCUUUCCAACCUCUAGUGUCCCUUUUUCCAAGUGGAAACUCUAUUCCGUUUGAAAAUACAUUUUUCAUCUAGAGUGGCUGCUCAUUUACAAUUAAUAAAUGCUGCGGUCCCCCUUCUCUAUAAAAUUGGAGUUUCACCUAAACCACCCUGGCUGCUUUGAAAGCCUAAUCUAUGCUUAGACCUUACUAAAUUUUCAAAGCAGAAUACUCUCCCCUACAUGUACAGUCAAGAACUUUGUAAAACAAUAGAUAUCUUUUCGAAUCCAACACUAUGUUUUACAGAUGGCUCAAAAAAUGAUGUAGGGACAGGUGCUGCUUUUUGCACUUAUAAUAAUAAUGUACAGUAUAUGUUUACCCUACCACCUAUAUGUAGCAGCUACGCUGCUGAGCUUAUAGCAAUAGCAAAGUGCUUAACUAUAUUAGCCCCAUCCAUGGAAACGAUUGUCAUCUGUACUGAUUCUUUGUCGGAACUAUUGGCACUUAAAAACAAUUUUUCUGUACAUCCAUUGAUACAGGACAUCCUAUUUGCAAUUGAAUCUCCUUUUGGCCUAAACUCCUUCAACCUGAUGAUGAGCGUUUAUUACUUUGGAAUCCGGAUGAUGGAAAACAACAAAUUGUGUGGAUCUACUACUGAACUUCGUUGGCACUUCAGGUCCAAACAUGUGUUCCAUCAACAAGCCAAGUCCGUCAUUUUAGGUGGUUCACUCAACUGCCGGUGCCGCUGAGAAGCUAUGCUCCCGAUAUGGCCGAAGGCAAUGGACAGCGAAGAUCUCAAGGCCGUUAGGGCAAGGGUGAGUAGCAGCCUCGGCAAUUCUUUUAUUCCGAGGUCUCUGAGCCUUUGUACAGGCAUGCAUCC